CCCCCCCCCCCCCCCCCCACAUUCUAGCCAGCGCGCUUGGAGAUUUGAGACCAUCAUAACAAUCAUAUUCCUGCCCAGCUAACGACGUCGAGAUGAUUCCCCACGAUGUCACUACAGUUUUGAAUUAUUUUGAGGACAAUGAGUACCGCUCUCCGUCUGCUUCGACUUAUGUCGAUAAGAUAGAGACAUAUGCCAGACCUACCAAGCCACAGGAGACUGUAAUCCACGAUAUCCGUGGAAACGAGUCUCAGUACACUUUAGACACGAAGGGGUUCCAAAUCGUCAGGCAUAGCAGUGCAGAGAAAGAUUUCCUAGAUGACGAGAAGAUAAAACACAUCUACUACCCCGAAACAGAGGAAUUAUUAAAGAAAGUCACCGGAGCCUCCAAAGUCUUCGUCUAUAAUCACACGAUCCGCAAGCCAAUCGAGUCUUGCGCCAACCCUAACAACCCGAGCAAGCCCCUCACUCCCCGCGGUCCCCUCCACCGAGUUCAUAUCGACACAUCCUACGUCGCAGGGCCCAAGCGUGUUUCUCACCACUUACCCAGCGAAUCCCCCACUCUCCUCAAGGGUCGAUAUCAAAUAAUCAAUGUCUGGCGACCCAUCAAGACGAUCUUGAAAGAUCCUCUUGGUGUUGCGGAAGCCGGCUCUGUUCAGGAUUCAGACCUUGUUCCGAUUAAAUUGGUUUAUUCGGAUAGGGAGGGAGAGAGCCCAGAGCACAAGCCGGAUGAGGAGGGGGAGAUGUUUUCUGUGAGAGCGAGUUUAGAGCAUAAGUGGUGUUAUCUAUAUAAGCAGACGCCUGAGGAGGUGCUGCUGAUCAAGUGCUUUGAUUCGAAGACGGACGGGAGGGCACGGAGGGCGCCGCAUACGGCGUUUGUGAACAAGGAGCAUGAGGAUAUGCCAAAGAGGGAGAGUAUCGAAGUUAGGACGCUCGUGUUCCAUCCGGAUGAUACUGAGUGGGCUAAAUGACGUGUAUUGGAAAUACACUGCAUUCUAUAGUUUCACGAAAUAUAGCGGGAUUAUCUGCGAG